GAUUCGCGUUUGUUUUCAAAACAGUUCUCAAAACAAAUCGAAAUUCGGUGGAUUUUUACGCGAGCCUCAACGGUUUUCGCGCCUCGAAAUGAACGGAUUCCGUGAGAAACUGCUAGCCAACCUGGAAAAAUCUAAUGAGAGCGAUAUCCGCGCUCAGCACGCCGCAACCAAGACGGACGACGAAAUCGAGGACAUUCUGUUCCAGCGCUACCGGGAGGAAUUGGCCGGGAACGCCCGGCUCAAGCAGGUCAUCGAGCGCGGUAAGAGUUCCGACACGUACCGAUUCAUUCCGCAGUUUCACUUUGAGCUGCCGAAGAACAGCGAUGGAUUGGCGCAAAAGUUGCGGGAGGAAGCGCGGACGUUGUUCCUGCAGAAGCGGUCCAAGGAGCUGCUGGACAACAACGAGUUGAAGCUGCUGUGGAGCCUGCUGGAGAGUCACCAUUCGCCGCCGUUGAUGGGUGAGGAGCAGUACAUAAAUUACGAGAAUUACUGCAAGGUGGCCGGGAUUGCCGGGGAAAAGUUCAAGCGGUACUUGACGGCGUCGACCUUUGCGCGGUUGGUCGUGUCCAGCAGCUACCCGGGGAAGAUCAGCGUCAUGUCGUUGUUUAAUUACGCAAUGAGGAAGGUUUGGCUGCAGCAAACGCGAAUCGGGUUGUCGCUGUAUGACUACACUGGGCAGGGGUAUUUGAAUGAGUCGGACUUGGAGUCGUACAUUUUGGAGUUGAUUCCGACGUUCCCUCAGCUGGAAGGGCUGGAAAAAUCCUUCCACAGUUUUUACGUUUGUACGACGGUGAGAAAGUUCUUCUUUUUCCUUGACCCUCUAAGAACUGGGAGGAUUCGAAUCCGGGACAUUCUCACCUGCACCUUCCUGGACGACCUGCUCGAACUCCGAGACGAAGAGAUCCCAAAAGACGCCCAGGAAAUGAACUGGUUCUCUGCACCGUCCGCCCUCAGCGUCUACGGUCACUAUCUCAACCUGGAUAAGGACCACAACGGAAUGCUCAGCAAAAAGGAACUCAUCGGGUACGGCUCCGGCACUCUAACCCCAAUCUUCCUGGACCGAGUCUUCGCCGAGUGCCUCACGUACGACGGCGAAAUGGACUACAAAACCUACCUGGACUUUGUCCUCGCCCUAGAAAACCGCUCCGAACCACAAAGUCUGCACUAUCUCUUCCGCAUCCUGGACGUCGAACACAAAGGCUAUCUCACUCCGUUCACCCUCAACUAUUUCUUCAAGGGCAUCCAGGACGAAAUAUCCGCCCAUCGUGCGGAACCCGUCAACUUUGCCGACGUCAAGGACGAAAUCUUCGACAUGGUCAAACCGGCAGACCCCUCCCGGAUAACGCUGAAAGAUCUGAUCGUGAGUGGCCACGGCGAAACCGUCGUGUCGAUUCUCAUCGAGUUCCACAAGUUCUGGGCGUACGAAAAUCGCGAGGUCAUGGUCACGGACUCGACGGCGUCGAACGGUGAGGAAACGCACAAUUUAUGAUAUCCGGCGAGGAAGGAAGAUGACGAUGAUGAAGUGCUGACGGCGUUUUGAAGGGAAGAUGAUGAGUGCCUUUUAAAUGAUAUUUUUGACAAGUUUUGAAACACAUUCCCUCCUGCAUGGUAAGAUACACUGUACUGUACGAUUGAUGCAUUUAUAUUUUAAAUAAAUUUUCACUACAAUGAA